AUGUUCCCCGAAGAAAAAGUCCGCAAUGAGGUCGCUACAAUGCGGUAUAUUCUUGACCAGACUUCAAUCCCCGUUCCUUUCGUCCUUCAUUGGGGUACUAGGAAGGACGGCCCUUUGAACCCGGAGUUGGGUCCCUUUAUAAUCAUGGAAUAUAUGGAUCAUCACACGAACAUGUACGAUGUUCUUAACAUGCCAGGUCGCCCAAGGGCAUCCCGUGGAAUUAUUGGCCGGGGUUUUGAUGAGGACAAACUAGAGGGGCUAUACGGAGAGCUGGCAAAUGUUCUGCUUCGGCUUUCUCAGCCGUCCCUUUCUCGUAUAGGGUCGCUUAGCCAGAUUGAUGAUUUCACUUGGGAAGUGGCAUACCGACCUCUUUCGAUGCCUAUGAAUGAACUUAUUCGAUUAGGAGCGCUGCCUCAAGCGUGUUUACCGGGCCUAGACACUACAAUUGAUACCGCAUCGUCAUACUUCGAGAGUUUAGCGGAGUUGCAUAUUAUACAUCUUAUGAAUCAAAGAAAUGACGCCGUUGAUUCAGCGGAUGACUGUCGACGAAAGUUCGUUGCUAGAUGUCUUUUCCGAAAGCUCGCCCGAGAACAAAAACUCACAGAACGAUGGGCGUCUUUUAAAAAUGGUCCCUUCAAACUCUGGUGCGACGAUUUCCGACCAGGUAAUGUCCUUCUCAACAAGGACUCGAAAAUUGCCGCAGUCGUGGACUGGGAGUUCACAUAUGCCGCCCCUAUUGAAUUCUCCUACGCGCCACCUUGGUGGCUUCUUAUUGAAAAGCCUGAAUACUGGCCCACAGAAGGCGGUCUUGAAGACUGGUGUAGUGGGUUUGAGUGUCGACUCCAGACAUUCCUAAAGGCUAUGAUCAAUCGGGAGGACGAAGCGAUCAGCAAGUGUCAAGUGAAAGAAAACCAGAGACUUUCUGGCCCGAUGCGAGAGAGCUGGGAGAGUGGGGCUUUUUGCAUUGCGUACGCCGCGAGGAACAAUUUCGCGUUCGAUGCGAUAUACUGGCAAAAGAUCGAUUGGCGAUUUUUCGGACGGACUAGUUGUCCUGACCCCGCCGAUGCAUGGAAGGAAAGACUUGAGCAUUUGAAUGCCGACGAGAAACGUGAUAUGAAACAGCUUUUUGUCCAGAAACUGGAGGAGAUGAAGAGCAGAGUUUUGGCGUGGGAUCCAGACGAAUAUACACUAGGUCAUGUAGAUCUCGCUAAGAAGGCGAGGGAAGAAAGCGAGAUCAAGCAGGGGACCGCUGAUGAAAGCGAGAAACCUGCUCAUAUUGAGGUGGAUGCAACAGAUAUAUCCACGGAAUUUGCGAGGUUAGCUGUUUAA